AUGUCAGAUAUUCAAUUGUAUCUGCUCGAAUUCGAUAAGGACAGGAAGGAAGCAUCUUCGAUUGCUGCUCAAUCUGCAAAACGGCUCGAGAGUAAGGAGUUGAAACUCCUGGAUUUGAUAGAGUCUCUCGGCGAAUAUAUCAGCCAUGAUGAUACCGCGACAAGAGCGAAGGCGGAUGACCACGAUGUAAUCGGCUCGUACGCCAAAGGCCUUCUGGCACUUGAAGAGCGCGGGAAAUGGGAUGAAGAAAGAGUAGCAAGCGUCAUCAAUGCGCUCCUUGACAACACUCAUGCACUCCGAAAUUACAAGCAGCAAAGCGAGCGUUACCCUGUCUUGCAAUUAAUAGAUACCCUAAUGGCCAAAUAUAGAAAUGCGAUGAAGAGCGUUCACGAUAGUUCACCACAGUUCAUGUCUCGGCUUAUCAACUACUUCGAAGGCGAGAAGGAUCCGCGAAACCUAAUGAUUGUCUUUUCGAUACUGAAAGUACCAAUGACGGAAUGGGACAUCGGAUCCGAUGCGCAGGAUCUGUUCGAAGCAGUGUUCAACUACUUCCCAAUCACAUUCAAGCCUCCCCCGAAUGAUCCUUACGGCAUCACGACGCAGGACCUCAAGGACCGACUACGUGAUUGCAUCUCUUCUACAUCUGACUUCGCUCCUUACUCGUUCCCUGCUCUUUUAGACAAGCUUGACUCAACUUCAAUGAACACGAAGAGAGACGUACUCCAAACCAUCAUUGCAUGUGUGAAAGACUAUGGCCCACGGACCAUAUCACUCUACUCGGUCACGCUCUGGGACGCCCUGAAAUUCGAGAUCCUCAACUCAGAAGAAGAAGACCUUGCGCAGGAAGCAUUGUCUGGACUUUCAGAGAUUGCGCGGUCGUUAUCCCAGGCAUCUACCGGCGCACUCAACGCUUACCUAAAGCCAAUAGCCAAGGAGUGUAACGAACAUCUCGAAGACGCGCCUACGAAGCAGUCUCAGGCCGCGGGACGCAUACUAGGUGCAAUCGCAAGUGUAUCUCCGGAAGUGGCGAACAUGAUUCUUCGAGCAGUUCUGCCAACGCUGUUCACGCUUUACCAAGCGGCUGAUAAUUUCCCUAAGAGGAGGGGUCUGAUCGAAGUAUUCGUACAGCUCAUCCGAGCUGACCUGCAAGUCUACGGAGAAUGGCGAGCAGCGCCUGCGGUACAGCAAGCCCCUAAUGGGGACCGGACCUCUUCAGCUGAUCUUGCUGCCAAUAACGCGCUACUCAAGUUUACCGAUCAAGCGCUCGAAGUCCUGAGCACUGGAUUAUCAACCGUGCCCGUUAAGGAAGUAUCAUUUCGCCUCAUGACGCUGGAUGCGCUUCUUCAAUUGGCCAAGGUCCGCCAACUGUUGGCACCGCAAGAGAUUGCCGAGAUCAUCAAGUUGUUCCACACCAUAGUCAUCACGGAGGAGUCAUAUGGUAAUGACGAGCUAAAAGCGGCAUCGGUCAAUGGCCUAGUGGAGAUUGGCCAACAAAAGCCUCAGCUCAUCAUUGAUCAUGCAUUUCCAGCUUUCAUGGCACAAUUGCCGGACUCGGACGUCGAUGGAUCGACCACUUAUGUCUCUGUCUUGGAGGCCUUCGCGAAGCUCGGCAGCGAAAGGCAGCUUUUCGAAACAGUUGUCCUCCGCCUCCGAAACAAGUUCAACGUAGCAGUCCAGCAACAAGCGUCGGUCAGAUACCUCCGUGCAAUCCUAUCAGCGAUCCUGUUCGCCUUCGCCCAAGGCGCCAACAAUCUCCAGGGAACUCCUGGUUCCUGCCCUUACUACAACGACUUGAUCCUGCCACUUCUCAAGCAAUCUUCUGGUGCAAGAGAGACCAGGUCAAGCCUUUUCGAAGAUGAAGGCGUUCUAGACCUUAUUGGACGACUCUCGAAUGUGGUCCUGCGAACUCAACAUCUCGAAUUCCAAAAGCAGAUCGCUAGAGAGACCUAUACCCUUUUCCGCACCGGACCCGCAAAAGACCUCCCGCCUUUCGGCACGGAUGCUCCAACAACACAGGGACGCACAAUGAUUGUUUCCACGCAUGUCCUUGCAGCCCUGCAACGGGAAGCGAAACCAGUUGAUGAUAUCAACGAGCUGCUUACGGCAUUGGUCAACUUUGCUAUGGUCGAUUCACUUUCUCCCAAGGUCCGAGCUGCCACCUCGGCGCAGGUCUCACUGGUGGUAAAUAAAUUCAUACCUACCGCAGAACUCAAGGCCGUUACAGGCACAGUCCUGUACGCACCCACAGAUCUCCUAAACCCAGCUAACCUCACCAUAAACUCAAUCCGCACCAUCUUCGCCAUCAUCAAGGGCCUCGUCCUCCGCAAUCAUACCACACUCACCACCAUCUUCCCGUCUCUCCUAGCCCUUCUCUCUUCUCCUGAGCACGGCACAACCGUAGCCCGUGGCUUCUCAACCCUCCUCCAACCAGACGACCUCCUCACAAAAGAAAACCACUGCACCAUCUCCGGUCUCCGCAAACAAAAAGCCUUCAGCCUCCUCGUCCCCAACAUCUCCACUUCCGUCCGCUCCGCCACCGACGCCUCAACAAAAGCGAACUACCUCAUCGCCCUAUCCGGGAUCCUCCGCUGGCUCCCCUACACAAUCAUCGAACCCGAAAUCUCCGCCCUAUCCCCCUUGCUCCUGCAAUCCCUCGACCUGCCACCCGAAGAACACGAAGUCAAGUCCGCGACGCUGGACACGCUCAUCACGUUCCUGACGCAGAACCCGAGAGCGAUAGAAGAGCAUGCCAGCAGCCUCAUUACGCGGCUGCUGGCCACAACGAGCGAGAAGAGGAAUCCGGCCAAGGUGAGGGCGGCGGCGCUGCAGUGUCUUGCGCUUGUGCCUGGGCAGCUGAGGACGGAGACGGUGCUGCCGUUUAGGAAACAGGUCGCGAAGAGGUUGAUGGCGUCGUUGGAUGAUGGGAAGAGGGCGGUUAGGGGCGAGGCGGUGAGGUGUAGGGCUAGGUGGAUGGGGAUGGAUGAGGUGGAGGAUGAGGAGGAUGAGUAG